UUACAAUCAAUAAAAAAAUUUAAUAAUACUAAAAUUUGAUCGUCUCUCUCCCCUCUCUUCUCUUCAUCGUUUCCACCACCAACACCAUUCUCUCUCUCUCUCUCUCCACAUGUAGAUACAUUUUUUAACAGUAAUUAUCAUCCUAGGAUUCUCAUCUUAUCCCGGGAUAAGGAAUAACCAUUCACCAUUUUCGGCACAAGAAACUGACGUCGCAUCGGACGGCGGCGGAUCUGAUUCAAUUCAGAAAUUAAAGCAAAAUGAGUGCGGAUCUGGUGGCUCCGACCGCCCAUGGGAAUCUGGAUGAACAGAUUGCACAGCUUAUGCAGUGCAAACCCUUGUCUGAGCCCGAGGUUAGAACAUUAUGUGAGAAGGCUAAGGAGAUACUCAUGCAGGAAAGCAAUGUCCAGCCUGUAAAAAGUCCCGUGACAAUUUGUGGUGAUAUUCAUGGACAAUUUCACGACCUUGCUGAACUAUUCCGCAUUGGAGGGAAGUGUCCGGACACAAACUAUCUAUUUAUGGGAGAUUAUGUCGAUCGUGGUUACUAUUCAGUUGAAACAGUUACUCUACUAGUGGCAUUGAAAGUACGCUAUCCUCAACGUAUCACAAUUCUUAGAGGAAAUCAUGAAAGUAGACAGAUCACCCAAGUCUAUGGUUUUUAUGAUGAAUGUCUGAGGAAGUAUGGGAGUGCCAAUGUUUGGAAGACAUUCACUGACCUAUUUGAUUAUUUUCCUUUGACCGCAUUGGUCGAAUCAGAAAUCUUCUGUCUGCAUGGCGGAUUAUCCCCAUCCAUUGAAACACUUGAUAACAUUAGGAACUUCGAUCGUGUUCAAGAAGUUCCACAUGAAGGUCCCAUGUGUGAUCUGUUGUGGUCUGAUCCCGAUGAUCGUUGUGGUUGGGGCAUAUCCCCACGAGGUGCUGGAUAUACUUUUGGCCAGGACAUUUCGGAGCAAUUCAACCACACCAACAGUUUGAAGCUAAUUGCUAGAGCUCAUCAGCUGGUCAUGGAGGGAUAUAACUGGGCACAUGAACAAAAAGUCGUCACUAUUUUCAGCGCACCUAAUUACUGCUACCGCUGUGGAAAUAUGGCAUCCAUCUUGGAAGUUGACGAUCACAGAGAUCAUACAUUUAUCCAGUUUGAGCCAGCUCCAAGGAGAGGGGAGCCGGACGUGACCAGGAGAACGCCUGAUUAUUUCUUGUAGAGCUGACUGUUGCCGCAUCUUGGGGCCAUUUGUUGAGAUCCGAGUUUCAAAGAGGCUUGAUAGUGCAUAAGGUUGUUUAGGGUCCCCUAGUUGGAUUAGCGAUUAUGUUUCUGUUUGCUGUCUUCUGUAAUUUUUCCUUUUCAAAUAUUAUGUUGUUUUUUUUCUUUCUUUUGAUGAUCAUAUUUUGUACUCCUACUUUGUUUUCCUUUUUAUUCCCCUUAUUCGUUGCUGUCAUUUGGUGGAGACAUUCACAUACAGGCGUUCUGUAUAAGAAAAAAAAAACUCUCUUAGUUUCCUUUUA